AAGACAAUGAUCUGCGUUAAACUUGAUCUUGAACGUCAACAAUGUAGAUAGAGAUGGAUUCUUCAUCAAAUUCAUGGGUUAAAUACAUAUUGGAGACACGGCCAAGCUCCAUUAUCGUGUCUGGGGUCGUCACCACAGCUUUUGCAUAUGGAGUCUACAGACUAUUCAAAUGGUUGAACAACAGACUUACUUAUGUUCAGUUUGAUGAAUACUUUGAAAACGUCGAAAACACGACGGCCCCUAAUCCCCCACGGUUACGAGUGCUUGUGGUGGGAUUGGAUGGGAGCGGAAAAACCGCGUUCGUUGAGUGCUUGGGGAAAGGCAAGAAAGAGAACUCCAUGCCUAGACCUACUGUCGGCUUCAACAUCAAGUCUGUCACCAUUGGAGAUACUCUGUUCGACAUCUGGGAUGUGGGAGGGUCGGAGUUAUGCAGGAAAUACUGGAAAGAAUUUGUCAAAGACAUUGACGUGAUUGUUUGGGUGGCGGAUUCAACGGCCGAUGAUGCGCGGUUACAAGAGAAUUCAGAUGCCCUCAGAGAAUUUCUCAGUCUUGAAGUCACCAAAGACAUCCCGGUCCUGUUCGUAGCAAACAAACAGGAUCGCAAAAAUGCGCUGAGUCCCCACGAAUUGUUGCAGAAGAUGAAAGUAUGUGCCAUAAUUAACAAAAGUCGUCAGUAUGUAGCAGUUGGGACUGAAAUUCCUCCAGGGGGAGUGAGAAAGGGAAUUUUCCUGGCAUAUCAAAAUCUCAAAUUCUUAUCUUCUUAGCUAUAUACAUUAUAUAAGUGAAAAUGACAAUUUUUUGCAAAAAUAUUCUAAUUAUUUUGUAGAUUUUUUUUACCCAUAUUCUUUUACUGUAGAACAGGUAAUAUGUUUACAUAGCUCUGAUAUUAUUAUUAUUCAUUUUUAGAUCAACAUAUGCUGUUUGCUUUUUUAAAACUUAUAAUACUUAUGCAUCUGUUUUAAAGUUUGCAUACUUUUUUAGUGUUGAGAUUAAUAAAUGCUCAUAAAGAA